AUGUGUAGUCGUUUCGCAGCGGCACGGAUAUACGUACAUGGAUCAGAUUACCUCGGCACCAUCUGCCAAGGUCCUCAAGAAAGUUUGGAAGACUACAUGACCCGGUUUGCAGAAGCAACCAUAGAGAUACCAGACCUCGACCCUGCUGUCCACCUACAUGCCCUGAAGGCCGGUCUCCCACCCAGCAAGUUCAGAGAGACAAUCGCGGUUACUAAGCGGAAGACGUUAGAAGAAUUCGAGAAAGGGCGGCAGGACAGAUGGAAAUUGAGGAGCUCCGUGAAGCCGAAAGAACAGAAAGAAAACAACCUAGAAGGGAGGAAGACAGAACGACAAGCAAGGGCAGGAAGCUAUCAAGACCAGCGAUUUGUUGACAAAAGCAAACACUGUGCAUUCCAUCAGAAGUACGGACAUACGACUGACGAAUGUGUGAUAGCCAAGGACCUGUUAGAGAGAUUGACUCGGCAAGGCCUCCUAGACAAAUACAUCAAAGGAAGAAAACACAAAGAAAGCAGCAGAGACCGAGAAAAAUGCCACCAAACCCUGGGAAAUAAAGAAGACAAUAAAUGGUCAAACAACACUCCACCAAAAGGCAUUAUAAACUACAUAUCCGGAGGAUUCACCGGGGGAGGUGAAACAACCUCGGUGCGAAAACGAAGCUACCGCGCAAUGCUGGCAAUCGAAGGAGCAGCACCUCAAAGCAACAAAGAUGCGCUCGACCUCAAAAUCACUUUCAGUCAGACAGACAUAUGCUCGGCAGCACCAAACUUAGAUGAUCCAGUGGUAAUCUCUAUCCAGACAGGCGAAUUAUUGGUAAGAAAAGUCCUUUUGGACCUAGGUAGUAGUGCAGAUGUCCUUUUCUACUCUACUUUUCUAAAAAUGAAAUUAUCUAAAAAACUCAUACAACCUUCAUCCGGAGAAUUAGUAGGAUUCUCUGGAGAAAGGGUCCCGAUCAAGGGUUACAUAUGGCUCAAGACGACGAUGGGAGAGGACUCAUUAUCACGAACCAUCGAUAGACAAUAUCUAAUAGUUGAUUGCCCAAGUCCUUACAAUAUUAUUCUUGGAAGACCUGCUCUGAACAUGUUCAGGGCAGUAGUAUCCACUUUUCAUCUAUGUGUUAAAUUUCAGGCACGGGACGGUAGGAUAGCUACACUCCAUUCAGACCGCCAACACGCUCGGCAAUGCUACAAUGCAAGUCUAAAGAGGUCGGAUGUAAGACGAGAAUCUCAACAAGAAGUCAAGGCAAUUCACAGCACAAACGAGGUAUUGUCACUAGCAGAGCUUGACCCCAGAGGGGACACUUAG